GCUCUUUAUCCACCUGGCUUUGUGUAAACACUGAUAACUGGAAAAGCAUGAGCAAUUAACAUCUCUUCUAUUUGGGUUAGACCUUGUAAUUCUUUUGGAACUUGAGCUGGUAUCAUGCUGUUUUGAGCUGAGAACUUUUCAAUACUGUUCUUGUCUCUUACACAUCUUGAACAAACAUAGGCUGCUUUUUUGUUUUUUACUGACAAUGGCCAUGCUUCAUGGCAAACUCGGCAAUGCCAGAUUUUGAAAAUCAUGGACUCAUGAAAUCUCUUUAUAUUAAUUGCUGCCCAUUCCUGAUGGUGAAGUUGUCCAUAUGUUUUAGCAUCAAACAGUGAAAGAUACUUAUCUUGACUUACCACAGGACACUGUUUUGUUUUUUUUUCAAUGAACUGUGUUCCUGCUUCACAAGUAGUUUGAUUAUUAACAAUUUUCAUUUUACUUCCAGAGUUGUUUUGGUCACUUUUCUUUCUUUUUCUAUAUUCCUUCACGUAAUCUUUGUUCUUAAUCCUUUUUCUUAGGUUGUCUGCUUCAUUUGUAGGCAUUUUUUUAAUGUUGUCCUUUUCCUAUAAUCCUUCACAUACUGUUUGUUUUUGAUCCUUUUUCUUAGUUUAUCUUCUUCAUUUGUAGUCAAGUUUUUUUUAAUGUUAUUUUUUUUUCUAUAUUCCUUCAUGUACGCCUUGUUCUUGAUCCUUUCUCUUAGUUUAUCUGCUUCAUUUGUAGUCAAUUUUUUCUUAAGGUUAUUUUUUUUUCUAUAUUCCUUCAUGUAUGCUUUGUUCCUGAUCCUUUUUCUUAGUUUAUCUGCCUCAUUUGUAGUCAAUUGUUUCUUAAUGUUUUUUUUUUCUAGAUUCCUUCAUGUAUGCUUUGUUCUUGAUCCUUUUCCUUAGUUUAUCUGUUUCAUUUGUAGUCAAUUUUUUUUUAUUAUGCUGCCACCUGCACUCAUUUUCAUUAGUUCUCUAAAAAACACGUUAGGCACUUGAGAUUGAGUUCCACCCUGCAUGGUUUCAUAGCAUUUGUCUUUUGGAAAUGCUUCAGUUGGGCUAUUUGGCUGUAAAUCAGUUUCAAUUGUGGAUGAAGACUUUUCAAACACAGCAAAAAUCGGGCGAAACUUCUUUUUUUCCUUUUUGAUCUUGGUUUGCCUGGCUGCUUUUAGCCCUUAAUUUCCUUCCUGCUAGUAAGCAGGCUGAAAAUGUGGAGCAAUGUUCGCAUCAUCAUCACAUCUGAAUCUGCAUACUUUUAUUUGAAAUUUGUUUUAGAGAGGUGGCAUCUAAAAGCUGAGUUGGACCUAAUCAUCAGUACUUCUACCUAUACUUCAUUGACUGAUAAGGGGGUCACAUCAGCUUGGAUAAAAGAAAAAAAUAUAUAUUUAAUGAAUAAUACAAUCCAUCAGUAAAAAUUAAUAAAAGCUAUGUAAAUCAAAUGAACAAUUUAAAUAGCAUGAACAGUAAAAUAAACUAAAACCGCUCUCCUAUUUCACUAAGGUGUUUAUGUAGUAGGGUCUUAAAUUUAUAAUUAUUCUCUCUGUCAAUGUUACUACUUACUUCACUUGGUGCAGCAGCUGCUCUUAUUAAAAUGGUGCCUGACACACUUUAGUGUCAGGGACUUACAUCUUAUUCAAUGAAUACAUACAUAUUCAUGGUUGAGAAGAGGAGACCAAUUUAUUUAACAGGCCAAAGAUAUGUGCUCCAGAAUUGGCAAGAAUGUCACCAAACUUGUCCAAGGUGCAAUGUGGGAGAAAUAUUGGCCUGCAUUGUUUGUCCUUCAUUGUAACAGCAACUGCAGCUUUGUUCAUGAUUUUACUGAGACCCUGGCAAAAAGUACGUUUACAUCAACCUAAAAAUGGAAUUAAAACAGAUUUAUUGAAAUAUCUGUAAUGGCCCUGACUUCUGUCCUAAUAUUUUGCACUUCAUUUUAUACUGUGUAGUCUGGAACAAGUGUAAGGGUUGAGCUCAGUUUAAACAUAUUCUUAUGCUGGAAGCUUUAUUUCUAUUGCAUGGUCUACCUGAACUCUUUGAUUUACCCUUGGCUGCCUGAAGUGUUAAUAUAAAGUGAAUGUUUUAUUAAGACAAGCAAGCAAGCAAGCAGGCAAUCCUUAACACCUUUUGUAUGAUAUACAUAUACCAUGCUCACUUGAACAUGAGCAAAACUAUUUGGUGUGUAUUUUAUUGAAUUUUGUUGGUUUUUUGGAGUUUUUUAACACCUUCAUAUCAAAUUCAUGUUCAAGAAGUGGCAUACAACCUUUAGAGUCCAGAGGCUUUUUGGUGAUGCAUUAUAAAUCUAAAUAUAAGUGAAAGUGUGACAGUAUAUCUCCUAGAGCAACUGGUUUUCCUAGAAAGGGCUGGUAUCUGCUGCAGAAUAAGGCAAGACUUGUGAAACACAAAUAAAUGCUGGAUAACAACAGAUUUGUAGAGGUGAUGUUCUUUUGAGCAACUGAUAUCUUAAAUAGAGUAUCUUGAGAUGAAUUUAUCAGAAUUACUGAAAUAAAACUAAAACGUUAGUUAUGAAUGGGAUACCAAUUUAACUUCUAAAAAAUUGUUGCUGAUAAUGAUAACAAUGGCAAUGUUAAUGGUAGUAAUAUUAUUUGAAAUGAUUUUUAUGAUAAUGAGAGUAUUAAAUAUACAUUUCACAAAUUAUAGAUAUGUUCAAAUGCAAAUGACAAUUUGAAAUAGGGAAAACAUUAACCCUUGUCUUAACACUACUGCUAACAAUGUAAAGUGUUGAAUUCCCAAAUGCUGCAAACCUUUUGUUUUUUACUGAGACUUAAAUAUAACGAGGAUCUCAUUGCUGGAAACACUCAAGCUAAUACAUAACUGUUAUUUACUGGUUGUAGAGAACAUGAAGCUCUUUGUUUAUUGAAAGUCUCCCUUAUCAUCCAUCUUUUCAUAAGCAAUCAAUAUUUUUUUCUGUUUUUGCAGAAAGGGUGUCAGUAACUUUAACGAUGGUUUGUUGCACAUUUGGACAUAAAGCUUUUGAUUUCAUGGAUGAUUUGAAUCCACAAUGGUUGAAAGCUAUAUAAAUUCUGCCAGACUGGUUGCCUUUGCCAUCUCACAUGAUUCCUUUGUGAGUUAUACUAUGUUAUGCACAAAUUUCCUUUAGGUCUCUCUGGAAGAAUAACAACAGCAAAUUGAACAUAAGUAGAAACAACAAAGAGAAUUAAACAAGACUAUCUAUGGAAGCACAUCAUCACCAAAAAGAAAAACAUUCUAACUGAAGCUGUUACUGGUCCUGAAGAAUCAUCAUAUCUGUUGAUGGUAAAGCCUGUAAAUUGUGUGGAAGGUUUAGCAUUUGUUGAAUGAUUAAGAUGAAGCAUUACCAAAGACCCCCUAUCAGAGUUUUUAGGAAGGCCUCUCUCUGCAGAGAGAGAGAGAGGAUAACACUUGACAGAGACCUUUAUUACAUAACCUCCUUCCUCUUAUUCAAAUGAAAGGGUUAAGAGAACUUGAAGAAGUAGGAGUUUAUUUGGAUUUUCUUAGUCACAGUUCUUAUUUUUUUAAGGGUUUUUUUUCUUUGAAAAUAAUCAAUUAGGCCCUUAUCAAUUGUGCUAGUAAAAGUAGCAUAUUAUGCUACUAGCUGUGCCCAAUUUUUUUUCCAAAUUAUGCUUAAAAUAGUGCUUGUUUUUGAAAAUUAUGCUACUUUCUCGUAAUGUAUUCUUAAAAGUAAAAAACACAAAACCAGUCCAAAAACCAAAAUUUCAUAUUUAUUGUUAAUAAAACAUCUUAUAUUCUUUAUCUUGAGUAACACACUUGCUCUGAUAAAACACAACUAACUAUUGCACUUCAUUCCAAACGAGAAGUGGUGACCUACUGUAUCAAAAUGUAUGAUGUUUGUAUCACACUUAAUGUGUUCUGAUAUAGCUUAGCACUUCUUAUACUGCGGCAUCAUACUUGCUUGUAAGUAAUCUGACAGUGCACACUCUUGCUGGUUAUUGAAUGAGGUUGAGAGCUGAGCUAAAAAGCUCUCUGAAGCAGCAGGAGGUGGCUGAACCAGGAGCACCUUCUUGGCAGCAGAGGACCAAUAAGGAAGUCACUCUGAGUGGAGCUUCCACCACCACUUUCUCUUCCUGGCAUUAAAUGAUGUGUCUUGGGCAGCAGGGGUACCUCUCUAAUCAAGCCAUUGAUAGUUGCAUCACUGUUGAGAAACAGGAAGAUCCUGAGGGCCUCUGCUGUAGUGUGGGUAGGUCUCAACCACUGGAAAGUGACUGGGCAUGUGACUUUUUAAUUUUUUUAAACUUUAAAAGUUGUUAACAUAACUUACCAGAAUUCUCACCACUGACUUAUGUGUUGUUCUUCUUCUUUACUGUUGACGUGAAGUAUCCGAAGAGUGUUUUCUCUCGUUUCGACAUUUUAAUUAUCUUACUUUCAAUGUUGGUAGCAACUUUAUAAUUUGCAUAUGUAGUGAUCAAACAAGUCAUGACUCUGCCAAUGUUCCCUUCCAUAAAUGAAAAAUAUUCCAAUUAUGCUGGCAGUGCUACUUUUAGAAAAAGUGCAAAAGUCAUGCUUGUUUUUCCAAAUUAUGCUAAAACUUAUACUAGCACAAUUGAUGAGGGCCCAUACUUAUAUGAGAAAUGGAGUGGUGUCAAUAAUGUUAACCAUGUUUAUAAAUUAUGUCUGUGAGAUAUAAUUAUUAUAUAAAGUCCUCAUAAAUUUCAUACUCAUGAAAAAGUCUUCUAGGCUGACAAAGAAAGUAAAAAGAGAAUCAUAUUGAUACUGGCCUCUUAAACUUAACAAUUUAAGUGUAACAUACCAUUUAGAAGUCAUGUUCUUGUGAUUUUCUUUUAUCUGGAUGUACUUUUUCUGUCUUCCUGCUAUUUUCCCAUUCUUCCCUGUUUUAGUUUUUAUUUACUAUUCAUUUCUGUACCUAAACAAAUAUUAAUGGUAAUUUGUAAGAACUUGUCUGCCUUGACUAGCCCUAAGCUAUCUGCUGCCCAGUCCAUCCAAACUUUUGUAACUUAAUUUUGUAAAUUAAAAAUUGGAUUGAAUCUGGGCAUUUUAAGCUUAGCACAGGUAGAUUAUUUAUGUACUUCAAAUUGUAAAAGAAAUUGAAGUAUUCUUAAUCCCCUGAUAAACAUUUUACCGAUUUUUAACUUCUUACAAAAGCAACUUAAUGAUCAGGUUUUUCUGGUGUUACUAAUAUUAAUGAUUUUGUUGAUUUCCAAUAUGCAGGUAUCCUCUUUGAUAAACACAAUGAACAUUGAAAUAUUUAGUGUUAAUUACAAAAAUAUUUGGGUUAACUGGAAUAUUGAGUUUAUUUUUAGACUCUUAUAAUAGAUUUAAGUAAUGAGCUCAUUAAAGCAUGCUGAGAUAUAAGUCAACUGUUUAAGUGUUUACAUAUGAGCAAUAAAAUCUUUUCUACAUUUUAAAUUAGUCUUGUUCACUUUGAAUACUUAAAUUAAUGCUUCUAGCGAUGGUGUUGAUAAUCUGACAAUUCAUUCAGCAAGUAAAGCUGGUUUGAUUCUUCAUAUAUUCUUAUUUGUUACUGAUCUAUCCUUUUUUAAUUGAGAAAUUUCCAGUUGAUCAAUCUGGUCAAUGUUUCAGUUGUUUAACUCAGCUCUACUCUAAAUCUGAAAAAAAGAAUCACGAAAGGAGGUGCUUAAUUAAGCUGAGUAGACUUUUCCAGUAACAAGACUGUUUGAUUAGGUGCAUCAAAUUGCUUAUGCAGAUUUUUCAGCCAUUGUCAUCAGGACUUGUCUUUGACAGACAGCAGCAGCAAAAUCUGUUAGCACUGUCAUUUACCCUCCUGGGAAUGUCUGAUUUAUGUCUGAUAUUCUUUUUCUCUUGUCUUUAAGAUACACUGAAAAGGGACAUCUCCCUAAGCCACCAAAGAGAGACAAACUCAUGAUGGAACACUGUCCACCAUCUUGUACUCUUCCUCACAUUGCAAGUGUUCUCUGCAUAUUGGGCCAAUUUCACGUGCUUGGCCUCCCGGCCCUGCAUGGAAUCAAGGCCAAGUGCGAAGCCAAACUUACAAACAUACAACAGUUUAGUGUGGGGGGGAUAGAGUCUACACUGUGGGAUUUACUCCACUUAACAGAAAAGAGUGGGCUGUGAGUGCCAAGG